GAGGUUUGGACGCAGGAGGAUCUCGGCUGUGCGGCGGAUGAGGUGCCAAACGCUGCCGAAGAAGAAGACCAACAUUCGUGUCUGAUUCUGACCCAAGGCUGUUUGAUUUCACAGACACCACUCCCGGUUUUUUUCUUUCUUUCUUUCUGUCUUUUUGAGGCCAGUCCAGAGACGCAAAUGUCUCCACAUCACAGACACGCCACUGGAUUGUAGCAGCAGCCCCACCGAUGGUCUGAGAGGGCGUUAAGGUGCGGGAAGGGACAGUUACAGGAUGAGUGAGCGAUACAAGCAGAUCGGAAGUAAAGGGGCUCUACUUGUAAUGGUGCUCGUGAUCAGUGUCUGGGAGAUGACCGUACCAACAGAAGGAGCUACAGCAGCACACCACGUCCCAACAGGCACCUGCGAGGUGGUGGCGUUGCAUCGCUGCUGCAACAAGAACAAAAUCGAGGAGCGGUCACAAACUGUCAAGUGCUCCUGCUUUCCCGGGCAAGUGGCCGGCACCACCAGAGCCGCCCCGUCGUGUGUAGAUGCCUCCAUAGUGGAGCAGAAGUGGUGGUGUCAGAUGCAUCCGUGCCUUGACGGAGAGGAAUGCAAAGUUCUCCCUGAUCUGAAGGGCUGGAGCUGUGCUACAGGGAACAAGAUCAAAACCACUAAGAUUUCGGCGGACAAAGAGCAGCUUUGGUAACGUCAGAUGCUUCACAGCGGAGUUCAGGCGAACCAACACUUCCGGAUCAUCAAAAGAGAAGAAAUUCAUCGGACCUUUUCUGUAAAUAGAGA